UUAAAAUACAAUGCAUACCUUAGUAUGAGUAUAAACAUUACCACAAUUACUUGUCACUGAAUGUUAAAUGUCAGGACCAUUUUUUAAGGAGUAGAAAUAACACGUCAGAUAAGAGCAUCUCACGGUGCUUGAGGUCGUAGUUGCGUCAGUGAUUCAGGUUUAUCUUAUCACAGUGUGACACGUCGCCUUAAAGCCAUAUAUACCGCUGUCUUUCAAGGUGGAACUCAGUCUAUAUCAUCAGCUAGAUAGCAAUAACUUAGUAGAGAGAAUUCGCACUGUGAACACUACAGCUUGUGUAUACAAUUGUCAUUAUAUGUGAGACUUUAUAUUUGCACUCAUAAACAUAAUGUGGGCGAGACUGACUAUAGGUAUAAUAGUGCUGGUGAUUAAGGUACGAAGUGGUGAAGUAGCAGAGUGGCGCCAGCAAAGAGAAAAAGCGGUGGACGCCCUUUUCCACCAGCAGGAGGCAGCAUGGGGCGUGGAGGUGCUACAACAGGCGGCCAGUCAGGGCAACCUGGACGCCCAGAGUGACUUGACCCUGGCACACCUCCUGGGUAUAGGUGUGACCCAGGACAUCGCUGGGGCAGCAGCAUCAUCAAGCAGCUUGGUGAGUGUUGGGGGAGCUCGUGCCCACACUACCCAGGCCCUCCUGCUUUCCCAUAACCUGACAGGCAGCUCUCUGACACAGCAGGAGCGCCAGAACCAGGCUGUGUCGCACUACCUGUUGGCUGCCAUCAACAAAGACCCCCUGGCGCAGAUCAUGGUGGGUGGGCACUACUGGAGUGGUGGUGAUUGUGAAGCAGCACUCCAGUACCUGCGACGAGCAGCAACCACCGUUGCUGACACCGUCAGUGAUGAGGCAAAGAGCCGCACUCCACCCAGAUAUAUAUGGGAUGAGGACGACACCACACUAAUGACCUACCAGAUACCCUCCCUCGACGAGUUCCAGUUUUUGGAGUACUCAGCCAUGACUGGUGACCACGAGGCUGCCCUCAGAGCUGCAAUCAUCCUUUACAAGGGUGUGCCCGAUGUAGGGUAUGACCCUGUACGUGCUGCUGAGUACCUGCGGCAGGCGGCGGAGGCAAACAUCACCACCGCCAUGGUGAUGCUGGCUGCUAUGCACCUCCACAACACUGUCACUCCAGACCGUGAUGACACACUUGACCUACUUCAGACAGCUCUUGCUUUCGGAGAUAAGACUGCCCAUACAUAUUUAGGUCUACUCUACCUAAAAGGGUAUGGGGAUGUGCCUAAAAAUUUAGGAAAAGCUAAAAAACACCUGCAGCAAGGCAUCAAAAUGGGCAGUGUUGAGGCAUUCUACUUAUUAGGUAAAUUAUAUGAAGACCCCGACAGUUCAGGGUCGGUAGAGGAAGCCAUGAUGAUGUGGGAAGUGUCAGCCAUGUUUGGUCAUGUGCCCUCAGCUUUCAAAGUGGCUGAGAACUACUGGCAGAAGAUGACCAAAACAGCGUUCACCGUAGUCAAAGAUAGUACCUCGGCCUUGGCAGAAAAUUGGUGUCAUAAAGCUCUCCCACUGUACAGGAUGACUGCACUCUCAGGAAGCUGGCAAUACCUGCAGGAGGCCGCCUACGAUGACUACAGGCGGGGACUUUACUCAUCAGCACUUCUCAAGUACCUCUUGCUCUCAGACAUGGGGUACACGUCAGCACAUGUAAACGCAGGUCGUCUACUAGACUCUGGUGUGACCGGCGUGUACAGCAGUGUAGAGGCAGCCCAGAGUGAGGCCCUGAAGGUGUGGCAGCGUGCUGCAGAUGCAGGAGUUGCUGCAGGGCAGCUGCGCCUCGGUGACAUGUAUUACUAUGGCCAGGGUGUCCCGCUAGAUGUAAUAGCUGCAGCCCAACAUUACAGUGACGCCGCCAAGAUGGGCAGCGCUCAGGCCAUGUUUAACAUGGCCAACAUGAAAGAGUGGGGCCAGGGAGUGAGUCAGAAUAUCACCAACGCCAGAAUGUUGUACGAAGCUGCCCUUGAGGCCAGCCCAGAUGCCUAUGUACCUGUCGGGUUAGCACUCUUCAGGAUGAAUCUCCUACUUGCUGUUAACUCCACCCUCGGCCUUGAUAUAUAUGCUACUAAUUGGCUACCUAGGAAACGAAGCAAUUUAUUUUCAAAUUUAGAUGCACUGUUACCUGCCUGGGAUGUUGCUCUUAUGGUAGUCUUGACAAUAGUUAUCGUUGUAAUGGUAACAACAGGCAGGUACAGGCGCUGAUUACUUCAUGUUUGUAUAUCUUGGAGGUUAUAUUUCGGGUUAAACUGUUAGCCUUUGUCACUUGAUUACCAGUCGUCAUGCAAAUCUGCAUUCACAAUCACCAUACAGAUAUGUUUGUCAUUCACCAUUACCAUACAGACACAUUUGUCAAGGCAUUAUAACAUAUCUGCAGAUUUGUGAGACCAUCACUACAGAAACAUGCUUAUCUAAGUCAUUAAGUAUAUCAGUCACGAUCACCAUACAGACAUGUAUGUCAAUCACUAUCACAAUAACUUCAUUGUAAGUCAUCAUCAUAUUUGUAAGUCACCAUCACCAUACUGACGUUUGUUAAUCACCAUCACCUUACGUUUGUUAUUCACUAUGCCUGUCAGGUGCCAAACCUGGCGCGUUUCUAGAUGGACCAUCUCACAUUCGCAUCUCGUCACUUUUUGACCUCGAGGAUUGUAAUUUAAUUGAUGCAUACAUUGAAAAACAACAGACCAGUGUACACAUGUUAAAUAUAUUUUUAAGUGUUUUCUAGUCAGUUAAUAGAUAAUGAUAAUAUAAUGCCCGCAGAUAUUCCAAAUAGCAUAAGAAUGAUACACAGUAGGCCUAUAUUCGGCCACAAUACUGAUAAAACUAAAACUAGACGUGUCUAAUUUGUAUGCCAAUAAUACUGCUCUCCUUUCUUCCCCAAAUAGAGCUGUAUAAUCCUCCGGGUUUAGCGCUUCCCCCUUGAUUAUAAUAAUAAUAAUUCCCCAAAUAGAAAAACCUAUAUUGUGGUAUUUCCUCUUGUAUCAAUUUUGUUGCUGUUUUCGAAACUCCCAUAGCUGUAAAAAAAAUUAUCUUCUAAUGUUACAAGUGUACUAUAUAAUGAUGUGGAGAUUAUAACCGAACAAAAGUCUUUCAGCAGUGUAAAAAAAGAACACAAUAUUUUAAAAUGAUGAACCCAUACCACGGAUAAUUAAUUCCAUGAGGAAGGUUUGUUAAAGGGCUGGAACAAGUGAAUAUUUGUCAGUUAAGUAUUUAUGAAAACUGUAAUAUGUAUAUAACUGAACUAUUGUAAGUUCCUAAUUACAGUUUAAUUCUUGUGUGUUUGUUUUUUUAGUGGUAAAUAACUGCAUUCUUUAUUUAGUCAAGUUUUAGAGAAUGGGAAGCUAAUUUCAUGUAUUCAGACUCACAUUUCAGAGGUACUAACAACGAAGAGAAAAAAAAUUUGGAGCUAUGUAAAAUUAAGGUGAGGUACUCUUUCUUAGUACCUCUGAAGAGGUGUGUGUGAACACAAAGAAAGAGUUCAGGUCCUGCUUUAUACAUGUGACAAAUUUCAAUUGCAGGUAAAAAUCAGUUUUACUCCUGAUAAAAUAUGUAGCACGUUCUAUAUUUUAUUUUUAUAGAUAGGUCAUACUAAGUCACCUGAUGCUCUAGGAUGAUGUGUAAAAUUACCUACUGUUGUUAGUCAUAAUUUCAUACUAUUAUUCCUAAAUACUUAACUGAUAUUUUCGGAAUUAUAUGUACGAAUCACAAUACUAAUUAAGGACAUGGGUAGCAGAACCCAGAAUGAAUGAGCUGUUAAGUUUUUCUGAGGUAUGACUUGGUUCUCCUCUCCCCAGAAAAAAAUAUUGCAUAGAAUACACCACUAAAUAGAAUGUGAUGAUGAUGAUAGCUUAGUUUUAUUUAGGCUGAUCUAUAUCAUCGGUGACAACACAUUCACAUUUCUUCCGCCACCGACAUUAUGUUAUGAAACGAGAAACUGACAUAGUUUACUCAUUACUUGUACAAAUUGUACUUAUUACUUAAACAAAAAGUUCUCUCUGUUUCUUCUCAACCCUUAAACUGUCCAAGCAGAUCUAUGUUCACAUGCGUAGUGCUCUAAAAGUAGAUCUACGUUUUUUUUUUUUUUUUACAUAUUUUCAAAUAUAACAAAAAAAGUACAUCAAAGUUUUUUUUACACAUUUUCAAAUGUAAAAAAAGAAAAGAUCUACUUUUUUUACAUACUUUCAAAUGUUGAAAAAACGUAGAUCUACGUCUGGACAGUUUAAGGAUUAACCUCUGUAACAACACACGUAGAGUGAUUUCAUUUUCAAAACUUUGUUUCUCGUUAUUAUAAUUUUAACAUUUAUAUAGCAAUUUUACUUUUAAAUGCUACCUCCACAUAAUUACAUGAACUUAUUUCAUACUGCCAUGACUCUAGUCUAGGGCUAAUGGGCCUCACGCUGGUAAAAUUACCAAUGUUUAGUGCAACUAUAGUUUGUUGCUAUUACAAAAACCAGUCGAAACACAUUGAAAAUGAAGGUUAUAGAGUAUAUUGUUCGGUAAUGUUUUCUUUAAGUUAAAUACAGAAUCUACUAUGGUUAUGGCUGUGAUUUUGAUUUAUAUCAUGUUAUUCUGUACAUUAGGCUGUGAGUAAACAAUUAAGCGACAUGCUGUUUUAUUUCCGAUUUGGGGUAUUUUUUAUAUUGAAGAAAACUAUUUUGUAUACAAUUCUAGUUUGUCAUGUGUUUUAUGCAUAUGUUUGUACAUAUGUAUGAUCAUACAUGCCUACUUCUACAUACAUAUAUGACUGAUUUUGUAAUACCAUGUUUGUAGUAUUAACUUAGAAUUUCCAUGUAUGAAUUAACUUAAAAAAUGUGGAAUUAUUGUUAGUUUCCCGUGUUUAGAGGAGCUAAAUUACUAUAUAUAGACUAAGAUAUGAAUGCUAUCUAUAGAUUCAUUAAAUCAGCUCACUUUCUAGCUUCCACAAAUAUAAGAAUUUACAAAUUUUGUCUAGUCUACAAGUUCCAAAUAAACAAAAGUACAAAU